AUGGCUCUGCACCGUGAAGAAUCGCCCCUCGCUCGGUCUGGAGGCCUCAUGUUCCGCAGGCCUUUUCACAGGAGUCACCUCGUCUGCGGGACGGCCUUUUCCUCCCUCAACUUCCGCCAUCCGGACCAGCCCCACGCUCAGCAGCAGGACCGCUUUCCAGAUGGGCUGGCCCGGCAGGCGUCGCCCGUCCUUCUUGCCAGCGAUGCCGCCGACGAGGUCAUGCAGAUCGACGUGCAGAUUGGAGAGCCCAGCGACCCGCCGGCCACACAGCUCGUCACGUGGCAGGUGGAGUACCCGGGAGACGUCACGUCAGACCUGGGCAUCUCUAGGAUCUACGUGAGCCAGAAAGAUCUGGUCGGCGUCAUCCCACUGGCCAUGGAGACGGAGAUCCUGAACACGGCCGUCCUCACGGGGAAGGCGGUGGCCGUGCCGGUGAAGGUGGUCGCCGUGGAGGAGGACGGCACAGUGACCGACCUGAAGUCUGUGCAGUGCGCGUCGUCGGACGAAGACGUCAUUAAGGUGUCCGACCACUGCGACUACGUGUUUGUCAACGGGAAGGAGAUGAGAGGCGGGGUGAAGGCGGCGGUCACCUUCUCUUACCAGCACCUGCAGGGCCCCCUGGAGCUGGCCGUGUGGGCGCCCCGGCUCCCGCUGCAGAUCGAGGUGUCCGACGCCGAGCUCAGCCAGAUCAAGGGCUGGAGAGUCCCCGUCGUCCCCAACACGAGGCCGGCUCGGGACAGCGAGGACGAGGAGGGCGAGGAGCGGCGGGGCCGCGGCUGCACCCUGCAGUACCAGCACGCCACGGUGCGCGUGCUCACCCAGUUCGUGGCCGAGGCAGCUGAGCCCGGGGGCCACCUGGCGCACCUGCUGGGCUCAGACUGGCAGGUGGACGUCACGGAGCUGGUGGCCGAGUUCAUGCUGGUGGAAGAGCCUCGCGUCGCCACGCUGCAAGGCGGCCCGGUCCUGGUCGGCCAGGGGCUCGGGAUGACCGCCGUCCAGAUCUUGUCGCCGCUGUCAGAUGCCAUCUUGGCCGAAAAGACCAUCGCCGUGCUGGACGAGAAGGUGGCCAUCACGGGCCUCGGGGUCCAGCUGGUGACAGGGCUGUCACUGUCCUUGCAGCUCAGCCCAGGGAGCAGCAGAGCCAUCUUUGCCACGGCGGUGGCCCAGGAGCUCCUGCAGAGGCCCAAACAGGAAGCAGCCAUCAGUUGCUGGGUGCAGUUCAGCGACGGCUCCGUCACCCCCCUGGACAUUUACGAUGGGGAGGCCUUCUCCUUGGUGGCCACGUCCUUGGACGAGAAGGUGGUCUCCAUCCACCAAGACCCCAAAUUCAAGUGGCCUCUAAUCACGGCCGAAGCCGAAGGGCAGGGCGCCCUGGUGAGCGUCGAAAUGGUCAUCAGCGAACCGUGCCAGAAGUCCAAGCGCAGGAGCGUGCUGGCCGUGGGGACGGCCAGCGUCAAAGUCAGAUUCGGCCAGAACGACGCCGGCCCCAACGGCAGUGACAGCAGACACGCGGUCGCCCGCCUGGAAGACAGCGCCAGUGACGAGAGGCCCCACAAGCCCUUGCAGGGGGCGGGGCCCGGAGAGGGGCAGGUCCCCGGCAGUCCGUCUGUGGGCCUGGCGGAGGGACGAGGGUCCAUGACGGAGAGGCCACCCAUCCGCAGCAGCGGCGGCCAGGAGAGCCUCUCGGAUGACGACAGCCACCCGCAGAUGGUCGCCCCGGGCUUCACCAGCUUCCCUGCCCAGGUGGGUGGCCCCGGGAGCGACGGGGGCACGGGGGACAGUGGCCCCGCACCGGCCUCCAAAGGCCUGAGCGACCUGGAGAUCGGCAUGUACGCCCUGCUGGGCGUCUUCUGCCUGGCCAUCCUCGUCUUCCUGGUCAACUGCGUGGCCUUCGCCCUCAGGUACCGGCACAAGCGAGUGCUCUUCGAGCGGCAGGGGUCCCCGAGCCCCCCGCGCGGCUGGCUGGGGCUGGGCCCCCGGGCACAGCUGCUGGACAGCCACUUGAACUUUGCCUGCCCCCCCGACGAGCAGGUCACCGCCAUUGGCAGGGCCGUGGACCUCGAGGACAGCGGGUACCUCUUCGGCACCGGCUCCCCGAAAGGCAUCAGCGGCAACGGGCAGCUGCCGCGACCUGCGGGGCCCCCGAGCGCCGAGGGCCGGGGUCAGAAGGGUGAGCCGCCCACGUCCCCCACCUCGAAAAGGAAAAGAAGCAAGGCCGCCGCUGAGGACCGAGGGGACGGCGGCUAA